AUGUACAUCCAUCCAGACGCUGGAUCACUCCAGCAAUGGGCGGAUAUGGUAGACAACAAGUCAUACAUAUUCGAUAGCACGUUCUCAUAUUUUCAAAAGAGUUGCCAUUCCACCCCUCCAGACGUUACCAGCUGGAAUCCUCGUCCAGCACCGCAGUAUAAUACAAAAACCACGGCUUUCUAUGAUAUCGGCAUCCUCACCACUGGCGACUUCAACCGUGACAAUCUGUUGGGGUCUCAGUAUUACACGAACACAGUGGACCCAACCACUGCAACGCGGAGCUCUGCGCAGAGAGCUUUCCUGGGCAUGUAUCAGGCCCGACCCAAUAUCAAGAUAUUCCAGAACGCCUUGACCAAGAAAAUCUUAUCUGACGAACACAAACGAGCGACGGCAGUGACCAUUGACUCCGGCCACAACCUCGAAGACCACGUCAUGUACCGACCCUCUCACCGGGUCCAGCUCGAUACCAUCCACACAGAGACAUAUGAUCCCACAACCAUUAUGCUCAACCUCGUCGAAUACUUCACCAAGGCCCGAGUCCCAUUUGCAUAUACAGGAAUGGACUACGCAGCCUGGGAGAAGAUCCCGCAGAACGUACUCUCCAAGAAAGCCACCACAGCUCUGCCCCAGCGAGCCCCAUCCAUGUCUACUAGGGCGCCCAAAUAUGACGGGUACAACUACAUAACGCUCCUAGUCGCGCCGAUGACUGUGCGCUCGCGCGAGAGCAUGACUAUACAGUCCACGGACACAGCUGACUUUCCACGCUUGACAGCGACAGCGCCGAAAGCGCCCCGACACAAAGCUUAA